AUGAAGUGGUCAUCUUACACACUUGUUGCGCUUCUUCCCCUUGCUACCCAGCUCGCUAUAGCAACCCCAGUUGCGGAUCCGUAUCCCGAUGCCAUUGAGGAGCGGGGUGGAGGCAAGCACAAAGGCUACGAAAAAGACCAUGGAUACGACAAUAAGAACGUUUGUGAGGUCAAGCAAACCUAUCCAUACUACAAGUACCCUUGCGACUCAAGCCCCUCCAACGGAACAUCGCUCCUAGGAGCCACUUUUACCUCUUUUUGCAGGUACCAAAACGCGGAUUCUGGAGUUUGGUAUAGCGCCCCAAGGGGAUGGGUCAAAGAAGAAGAUAAGCCUCGGAGAUGUCCUGGAGCUCCAAACCCAUGCCCGGUUUGA